AUGAAUAAUAAUUAUUUUAUAUUAUUCUGUAUUCUUGCAAUUAUUUCUCAGGUUCAAUCAGUUGAUCCUAGCUGUAAAGGUAUCAUAAAUACAAAUCCAAUAUUACACGAUGAACCAACUUUUGUAAAUUCGGUACCAAAUGGUAAACGUUUUGUUGUUGGAUCAGGUUAUGAUAAAAUUAAUAUUGUACAUCUUUAUGGUGGUACACCAUAUGACAUGGGUCUUGCACUUGGUAAAUUAAUGAGUGAAGAUUUACAACAUCUUGUUCCUGAAUAUUUUGCUUAUUUGGAUAACAAAAUUGAAGAUUUGAUUAAGACAUUACCACCAUUAGUUGCAAAAUGGAUUGCUGAAUUAGGUUUAUUAGGUGCUCUUGAUCUUAAUUAUGAAAUUACACGUUUUUAUACUCCACCAUGGUAUGAUGAAGAACUUCGAGGUCUUGCUGCUGGUAGUGGUAUAUCUUAUGAAAAUAUUCGUCGACUCAAUCUACUUCCAGAACUAAUCAAAGCUGCUUGUUCUGUUAUAGGAGCAUGGGGUCAAUCGACGUUGUCGAAAACAACAUUACUUCAUCUUCGUUCAUUAGAUUGGGAUGAAAAGGCACCCAUUGCUAAAUAUGCUACAGUAACUGUUUAUCAUCCAAAUACAUCAUAUGAAGGUUAUGAAAAUCAUUUUCAUGAUUAUUAUAAACAAAAAUAUUCGGGUUCUUAUACAUUUGCUAAUUUUGGUUAUCUUGGUCUUAUUGGAUCGAUUGGUGCUUAUAAUGAAGUUUCCGUUGGUUUAGGUCAAAAAGUUUGGAUUACAAAAGAACAAGAUAUAACAUCACGAUUUGGAAAUCCAUGGACAUAUGUUCUUCGAGAUGUUGUUCAA